CCUUUAUCCCUGAUAAGUCUCAAUGGCUGAUUUUGACACCUUGUCAAAAAAUAAGAAUGAUGAAAACGCAAAGUUGAAACAAGCUAGAUUAACAAAACGGGCCAGACAGAUUGAAGAAAAAGUGAAAAACAAAAAGGUCAAGUCCUUAUUUGAUACCGAUGGUGAUCUCAGUAGACAUAAUAUCAUUGAAGGGAGUAGACAAGCUAGGAAAAGAGCGUCAAGUUCUGAUUCAAAUCAAACACAACAAAAAAAAACAAAGAAGGAGACACUACGAAGAAAAACAACCACGAAUCUCAAAAAUGAAUUGCUACCGGAACCAAAAACACCUAUUCAAAGACUCAGAAAUCAAGAAAUGGGUAAAAAGCUGAUUUGCAUGCAAGAAGUGUGUCAACGCCAUGAUGCUUCAGUAAAGGAAUUAUACCAUCUUGAAUUAUUUCAGAACAUGCUUGAUUAUAAUCCAAAAGCUUUUAUUAAUGAUGUUCGUUAUAAUAAGUAUGUUCAAGAUUAUGACAUGUGGCAGCAUAUAAAGUCUCAGGAAUCAUCUUUGCACGAUUCUUCCAUUAUAAAUUUACUUCAAGCAAUUAUUUAUGAAUCGGUUUAUAAUAUACCCAAUGAGAUAACACAACAACAGUUAUUUAAUACCAUUCAUACCGGCACAGGUUUACGACGUCAAAAUCGACAGUUUGCCACCUUGAACGAUUAUCUUGAUUCAUUUUAUGCUGCUGAUGAAGGCGCUGAGGAUUGGACACCUGAAAUGCGCGAACAUUAUAUCAAAAAGGAACGAAUUAUUCGCAAACGUCUUUAUGCACUUGAAAAACGCGGCGGAUUUUCAACUCAUUUACAAACUAUCGCUAAUCAAAGACCACAUCAUCAUCAUCAUCAUUCAAAGUCCUUGCAUCAUACUAAUUUGUUAAAUAACAUCUCAACUGCAUCCAAACAGUUUCAAGCUGUGCAACGUUAUAAACGAAAUGCAGCUCGAAAAUGUGCAAAGGCUAUUGACAGAUAUUGGGAUAAUAUUCGUAAUCAUGAUGAACGUAUACGUCGUGAAGAAACAAAGAGGAUGAUUCGGUUAGCUAAAUGGACAUCUCAACAAGUGAAAAGGAAAUGGAAAUUAAUAGAACGUAUAUGUGAAGCUCGCUUAAAGGAAAUUUUGAAGGGAGAACAAGCAGAAGAAGGUCGUCGUCAUCUGGAAAUGAUUUUAGAACAUUCAGAGCAAAUGUUGGGCGCUAGACAAGAAGAGUUAAGGGCGCAUCAAUGCAUUGAAGAGGACGAUAAGGUAUGGGAGAUAAAUGAGGAUGAAGAUCUACAAGAUCAUAUUAUUGAAGAGGACGAAGAAAGUAGAGAUGAUGAAGAGGAAUUGAAAGAUUUAGAAGAGGAUCAACAUUUGUCUAUAGAGGAAUUGAUGGAAAAAUAUAGAUCCUUACGUGAAGCAAAUGAUUCUGAUACGACUCAGUUAGAAGAAAAUGAUGAUAUACAAUCUAUGCAAAAUAGUGAUGAAGAAUUUUCGAUAGUUUCUGACAAUGAAGAUAUACCGAUUGAGGAUGAUGGUGAAAGUGAGGAUGAUAAUGUAGAGUUAAAUAUUCUCCACGAUGAAGCUAAUUUAACGGUAGAGGAGUUAUUACAAAAGUAUAAUUACAAGGUAGAUGAUGAUGAGAAUAUGAAUGCAAGCCAAAGAUCUUCAUCACCUGAAUCUACUCCCACUGUAGAUAGUUUAUUAUUAUCAAUGAAUAAAGAAGAGGAAAUACUAAAAUAUAGAAACCAAAAUGAUGAUGAUGACGACAAUGACGACGACAACGACGAAAAUAGGUCUUUCAUUACUAAUGAUGUCUCAGCAAUGAUCGAUAAAGAUAUGGAUUCAAAUAUUCAACCUACAGGAAAUACACUUGAUACUACUAAAGUACGUACACCAGUCCCGUUCUUGAUACGUGGUAAAUUACGUGAAUACCAGCAUGUGGGACUUGACUGGCUUGCUAGCCUAUACAAUAAUGGAUUAAACGGUAUCCUUGCUGAUGAAAUGGGUCUUGGCAAAACAAUUCAGACAAUUGCACUAUUAGCUUACUUGGCUUGUGAAAAAGGUGUAUGGGGCCCUCAUCUAGUUGUUGUUCCUACUAGUGUCAUUUUAAAUUGGGAAAUGGAAUUUAAAAAAUGGCUUCCAGGGUUUAAAAUUAUGACCUAUUAUGGAUCUCCUAAAGAACGUAAAGAGAAGCGAUCAGGAUGGUCUAAAGACAAUGCAUUCCAUGUCUGUAUUACAUCUUAUCAACUCGUUUUACAGGACCAAAAUGCGUUUCGUCGUAAGGCAUGGCAUUAUCUUAUCCUUGAUGAAGCGCAUCAUAUCAAGAACUUUCGCUCACAGCGAUGGCAGAUUCUUUUAAAUUUUAACUCUAAGCAUCGUUUAUUACUCACAGGUACGCCAUUACAGAAUAAUCUCAUUGAGCUUUGGUCAUUGCUGUACUUUUUGAUGCCUAAUACUGUUUCUCAAAGUAUGCCUAUUGGUUUUGCUAACCUGAAGGAAUUUCAAGAAUGGUUUGCGCAUCCUGUUGAUCGUAUGAUUGAAAAUCAUCAGCAACAAGGAAUGGAUGAGGAAUCACGAGUUGCCAUUCAAAAGCUUCAUACCGUCCUUCGACCCUAUUUAUUGCGUCGUAUUAAAGCUGAUGUUGAAAAACAAAUGCCUGAAAAGCAUGAGCAUAUAGUGUAUUGUCGUUUAUCAAAGAGACAACGGUUUCUAUAUGAUGAUUUUAUGAGUCGUGCCAAGACUAAGGAAACUUUAGCCAGUGGUCAUUUCCUAAGUAUCAUCAACUGUUUAAUGCAGCUUCGUAAAGUAUGCAAUCAUCCAGAUUUAUUUGAAGAGCGACCGAUCUUAACUAGCUUUGCGAUGGAUGAUCAAGUGCAAUAUCUGGGUCAGUCCUUGGAGAAGUUAAUACGACGACGAUUAGUCUGGACUAAAAAUGAUCAACUCGAAGCUCAUACAAAAAUUAAUUUUGAAUUUUUGAAUUUAAUUCUUACAGAUACAAGUAAUAAUCGUGUGAUAAGUGCAUCUGUAGCUCAGGACACUCUUCGACUCGAAGCAACAAAAGAAAUUAUGAGCGUAAUAGCCAAAUAUCAAAAACGGAUUAUGAUUGCUGAAUCACGUGGAGUGACUUCAAGAGACUAUCAUGACCUUAAGAAAUACGCAAAGUAUCGAGAGAUGCAGAUGCAUCUUGAUACCGUUAGCCGAUGGCAAAUGAUCAAUUAUGUAAACCACUAUCGAUGUGCUAAAAGACCCAUUUAUGAUGCGAGUUUAAUUGACUUGAUUAGACCCUCUACCAGGGAUGAUUACAUUUUUUCUCAUAAUCCACGCUUCUAUUUACAAAAUUGUGAAUCUCUUUAUAAUGCUGUACAGAGCUAUAAAGAGAGAAUUGAAAACAACUCAUAUCUUAUUGAGCAAGUUGCAUUUGUAACACCCAAAAUCGUAAUUGCUCAAGACAAAAGAAGAGUAUUUUCUUUAGAACAUUUACCAGCUGACGUACAGGUACAAUUACAGACAGCAACAAAUGUUGAAAAUGAUAUUCUUCAUCCUAUCAAAUCUCGACUCUCAAUUGCUUUCCCUGAUAAACGACUUUUACAAUAUGAUUGUGGUAAACUUCAAAAGCUAGAUACGUUAUUACGAAGCUUGGCAGCAGGAGGCCAUCGUGCACUUAUCUUUACACAAAUGACAAAAGUUUUGGACAUUUUAGAGACCUUUUUAAAUAUGCAUGGGUAUCGCUAUCUAAGGCUUGAUGGAGCAACCAAAGUAGAACAGCGUCAAGUUUUAACAGAAUGUUUCAAUAAUGAUAAGCGUAUCCUGUGUUUUAUUUUGUCAUCUCGAAGUGGUGGUUUAGGUAUUAAUCUAACGGGUGCAGAUACAGUUAUUUUUUAUGAUUCGGACUGGAACCCAUCUAUGGAUAAACAAUGCCAAGAUAGAGCUCAUCGUAUUGGACAAACCCGUGAUGUGCAUAUUUAUCGAUUUGUUACAGAGUUUACUAUUGAAGAAAAUAUUUUUAAAAAAGCAAAUCAAAAGAGAAUGCUAGAUAAUAUUGUUAUUCAGGAAGGUGAUUUCACUAAUGACUACUUUAGUAAAAAUGAAUGGUGGAAAAACCUUCCAGAGGUUGUUGGUGCCCAAACUGAUAAUAACGCAAAUAAGUUUAUUGAUUAUGAACAGGCAUUACUAGAAGCAGAAGACGAGAGCGAUGCAGCAGCAGCUAUUGAGGCACGGAAGGAGAUGAAUAUGGAUGAAAAAGAAUUUGAUGAUCAAACCAGUACAAGUACAGCGACGCCUCAUCGACAAUUGAGUGAAGUGCCAUCAUCUCGACCCAUGUCACCAUCAUCUGCCAGUCAAAUUCAAUCAAACGAGUAUAUUGUAAAUGAAGAUGACAAUGAAAAUGAUGAUAUGCAAUUAGAUAUAGGUCAUGUAGACCAAUACAUGUUACAGUUUUGGGAGAGAGAAAUGGUUGGAAGAAAUCUGGGUUUUGGGGGCUUUGCCGUGGAAAUUACAGAAUAAAAAUUUGUUCUUUAUCUGCACACUUCAACUUUUUUUUUUUUUUUUUUUUUUUU